AUGCUGCCCUCAGCGAGACACCUUCAUGAGCAGUGCCAAUGGCAAUUGCGAGGUCACCCGCCCGGGGCGACCGUCAUCAACGUCGUGGGCAUCCCGGGCCAUGAGGAAGAAGAGCUCCGCGGCAGUACCUGGUGGGCUUCCUGGUGUGCCCAAUCCCGCCGCUGGCUUCACAGGGCGAAACACCAUCCGCCCGCAUCUUCUCGUCGCUCAGGUCUCCCCCUCCUGUACGCGCGUCCCAGAACGGGGGCAGCUGGGCCUCCCGGGCCAUGCGGAAGAAGGGCAGCCGAGGGCAUGCCCUCGAGCCGCAGCAGGUGCGGCAGCUGGCGCUGCCGAGCUACAUCGCCGAGGGCAACGGCGAGGACAAGGAGGACGCCAAGAAGGACGGACGACGUGGACGUGCUGUCCAACCGCUUCACGUUCGUCGUGCCGCAGCCCCUCUCGGUGGAUCAAGCAAAGAGGGCCCUGCCGCCAGGGAGGGCGAGCAUACUGGGGAGGACGAGCAUCAGGGAGGAUGACCUCGUCCGGGUGAGCCGCAUGUCCAACCAGAGCCUGGCAUAUGCCGAGAGCACGACUUCGGGUUCGAACGCCAACGGGCAUGCUCCGCGCAUUCAGAGGCUCUCCCAGAGGAGCGGCGAGAGACUUGUGAGGGCCAAGACACGCAAGUCCAUGGCGGCUGGCAAGGUGUCGCUGGCGCUGGCGAGGACGUCCGAAUUUAACAGGAAGGAGUCCCUGUGGGAGUGGAUGUCGAGCCUGACGCAAGCGGAGACGUGGCGGGGCCUGAGUGCCAAGAGUAUGCUGCAGAGCUCCAGGUUCGAUAACCUCAUCAGCUUUCUUAUUCUUGCGAACUCCCUUACCAUCGGGCUGGAAGCGGACUACGCGGCGCAGAAUAUUACGGAGGCCGCACCGUGGCCGUACCGCGUAUUUGAGGUUUUCUUUUGUGCCGUGUUCACCUGCGAGAUAUCACUGCGAGUGUGGGCCUACAAGAAGAGUUUUUUCUUGAAACGUGACCAGAGCGUCCUUUGGAAUUACUUUGACCUUUUAGUUGUUGCCGCGCAGCUGGUUCAGGAAGCCAUCGAGUUCUUCAGACCAAGCAGCGAGGGGAACGAUGCGGACAACCUGCGUAUACUGCGCGUGCUCAGGGUUUUGAGGAUCGUGCGCAUCUUCCGGCUGGUGCGCGUGCUGCACCUCAUCGGUGAGCUGCGUACCAUCGUAAGUUCCAUCAUGGGGUCUUUCCGAUCGCUCUUCUGGACGGUGAUCCUGCUUCUGCUGCUGAUGUACAUCGUCGGCGUGUGGUUCCUCCAGUCGGUGACCGACCACUUCGUGCAGCAGCGCGGAGACGAGGGCGGCGGCGGCGCCCUGUCGUCGGGAGAGGACUCGGGGGAGCUCCGGAAGCACUUCGACUCGCUCGCCCGGACGAUCCUCUCGCUGUGGCAGGCCCUCUCGGGGGGCGUCAAUUGGGGCGAGGUGGCGAACCCGCUGAUCUCGGAGGUCCAGCCCCUGCUCGGCGUCGCGUUCGCCGCCUACAUCGCCUUCGCUCUGCUCGCGCUGAUGAACGUUGUUACGGGCGUAUUCGUUCAGACCGCGCUGCACAGCGCCGAGCAGGAGGAGGAGAGCUUCCUCACAAGCCAGAUCAUCCAGCUCUUCCACAAGUGUAAGGACGACGACAGCUGGGGGUGCAUCACCGAGCAGGACCUCGAGGAGCGCCUGGACGACCCGGAAUUAGCAAAAGAGUGGAAAAACAUCAGCGUCAGUGCAGACGAGGCCCACUACGUGUUCGCUCUGCUCGACGUUGACGAGACCGGAGAGGUUCAGUUCGAGGAGUUUUUGAGUGCAUGCUUGCGCCUGAAGGGCAACGCGAAGUCGCUGGACAUGCUCAUCCAGCUGCAGGAGUCCAGGCACAACACCAAGGUGCUAGAGGAGCUGUUCGAGAGGCUCGAGGACAGCGUGGCUGGCAUAUCAGCCUCGCUCCAGCUGCUGCAGAGUGAGAGGUGCAAGUCCCCGCAGGAGCCGAGAAGCUCGAGUGCAGAUGCGCCGGGUCCGAGGCACUCGAGUCGGAGUGGCCCGACGCUCAGUCCGGGCGCGUGA